GGUUGCGCUCAAACGCUCCAGUCAGUGAGAAGCGCGUCUACACAGCGGUCAGAAGACGAGCAAAGAAAGCGCACUCUGCUAUAGAAAUCAAACUUAUGUUAUCGAGUACUUUGUAAAAUCCUCUUUGUAAAUUCAUUUAAUCUAUAGCUAUACACGCGGGAUUUGGUGGACACCGAAGCCUGACUGAAAACUUUGAGUAACGGUGAGGAGAUUCUCUCGCUACGCUGAGGAAAAAAACGAUGAUCUUGUGGAUUUAGUUUGGAUGUUUCUGUGACUCUGAGUUUUCGUGCAUUUUUUACCCACUUUUCAGGGUUUUCCUAAAAAAAUCUGCUUAUUUGCCUAAAAUGGUUGAUUUCGGACUUGAAGUGUCUCGGUGCUGACGAACAGGAGUAGAAACGAGAAGCUUUUGGUCGUUUAAUCAUAUUAGAAGUUUUCGAAGCAGUCGCAACCCCCUUUCUUUUUGGGUGCAUCGAGUAAACGACGGCUUUUCUCAAAAUGCAGCGCUACUGUGGGAUUAUCAAACAUUUUCUUUUGUUUCUCUGCCUGGCUUUGCAACCGACCUGCGGUCAGUAUCAUGGUGAAAAGGGGAUCUCCAUUCCCGAGCACGGCUUCUGUCAGCCCAUCUCUAUACCUCUCUGUACGGACAUCGCCUACAAUCAAACCAUCAUGCCUAACCUGUUGGGUCACACCAACCAGGAGGACGCCGGACUGGAGGUGCACCAGUUUUACCCCCUCGUCAAAGUUCAGUGCUCAAUGGACCUGAAGUUCUUCCUCUGCUCCAUGUACGCGCCGGUGUGCACGGUGCUCGAACAAGCCAUCCCGCCGUGUCGCUCCCUAUGCGAGCGCGCGCGACAAGGCUGCGAGGCCCUCAUGAACAAGUUUGGCUUUCAGUGGCCCGAGAGACUCCGCUGCGAGAACUUCCCCGUCCACGGCGCGGGAGAGAUAUGCGUGGGUCAGAACACGUCCGACGCCGGAAGCCCGACAUCGGACCCGACACCCUACGUUCCCGAACUGAUUACAUUACAGCCGAAAGUGGAAAGACCCAGCCAACAAUUCACAUGUCCGCUGCAACUGAAAGUACCCACUUAUCUGAAGUACCACUUCAUGGGCGAAAAAGACUGCGGUGCGCCAUGUGAGCCCACUAAGCCCAACGGAUUGAUGUAUUUUAGAGAGGAAGAGGUCAAAUUCGGACGGCUCUGGGUGGGCAUUUGGUCUAUUUUGUGCUGUGUUAGUACACUGUUCACUGUCCUCACAUACUUGGUGGAUAUGAGGCGGUUUCGUUACCCCGAGAGGCCCAUUAUAUUCCUCUCCGGGUGUUAUUUCAUGGUGGCUGUUGCGUACGCGGCGGGUUUUUUCCUUGAAGACAAAGUCGUCUGCAUUGACAAAUUUAACGAUGAUGGUUACAAGACUGUGGCCCAGGGCACGAAGAAAGAGGGUUGCACUAUACUUUUCAUGAUCCUGUAUUUCUUCGGCAUGGCGAGCUCUAUUUGGUGGGUCAUCUUGUCCCUUACGUGGUUCCUCUCUGCGGGAAUGAAGUGGGGUCACGAAGCAAUUGAGGCCAACUCUCAGUAUUUCCACCUGGCUGCUUGGGCCGUGCCAGCAGUCAAAACCAUAACCAUUCUCGCCAUGGGCCAAGUGGAUGGUGAUAUUCUCACUGGGGUUUGCUACGUUGGCAUCUACAGCGUGGACUCCCUGCGUGGUUUCGUCCUGGCGCCCCUCUUCGUCUACCUCUUCAUCGGCACCUCUUUUCUACUGGCUGGCUUCGUGUCACUGUUUCGCAUCAGAACCAUCAUGAAGCACGACGGCACCAAGACAGAGAAGCUGGAAAAGUUGAUGGUGCGCAUCGGCGUGUUCAGCGUCCUCUACACGGUUCCGGCUACUAUCGUCAUUGCGUGCUAUUUCUACGAGCAGGCGUUUAGAGAGCAGUGGGAGAAAACCUGGCACAUGCAAACGUGUAAGCGCUUUGCCGUACCUUGCCCAGUCAAUAACUUCGCCCCCAUGUCUCCAGACUUCACCGUCUUCAUGAUCAAGUACCUAAUGACCAUGAUCGUAGGAAUCACCUCCGGAUUUUGGAUAUGGUCUGGGAAAACGCUGCAGUCCUGGCGCAGAUUUUAUAAAAGGCUCAGUAAUAGCAACCAGGGCGAGACGACUGUAUGAGAUCUGUAAGGGUUUUUGUAAAUCUUGCAACUUUAGUACGUCUCUCGAGUGGAGACAUGAUCAACGAUUACAGGAAAAAGUGAUUUGUUGACUGAAUUAUAUGGACACUACAACGUGCUUAGCAAUUUCCACAAUGGAAACGGUCCGCCUGACCACAUGAACAGUGUUAUCUGUCUGUUUAACCAUGGGUUUUGCUUAUAUUUGUGAACAAAGACUUUGUUUGUGUAAUACAAUAUCAUUUACAGAUGUGAUUUCUGUAGAAUUAAACAUUUCAUACAGUGCUGAAUGCCCUGUACCUGAAAGUUUGGACGUAAUUUGCCUUAUAUAUGUAACAUCCCUUGUUUUACCUGAGGACUUGUAUGACUUUCGCAGCGAUCUGUUGACAAUCAUGCAUACUUCAUUGGCACAAUUUGACCGUCGGAUGCGCAGAACUGCCUAAGAUGCAUGUGUACAGCUGUGAAUUUAUGCAAGCUCCCUUUAAACGAUGUAACGUGUAAAUACACCUUUUCUUAAAGAAUAUAUGUAUUUAUGAAAAUAAUCUUGCUGUUUUUUACUUGAUUUUUAAAAUUUGGUAAGAGACCUUUGUAUCUGUACAGUUUCGCUGAAUAAAAUGAUUAGAUUUUUAAUGAAA